AUGGCUCCACGGGUGCCGUGGCAUCUAUGCCUAUCUGCUUUAGUCGUGCUCGCAUCGCUCUGCUCGUUAAGUCGUGCUGACGUAACUCUUCCUGACCCAUCGCGACCCGGCCUCUUCUAUUUCUUCAUGUCGGGGCAGAUCGUGGUGGUGGACCCAGUGUCGCAGAAGGUGGUAACGAAGAUCAACCAGACGUCGCAAGGCGCCCCCGCGCCCUUUCCCAACUCCUGCCCCGGCCACCCCAUGCAAGGCACGUGGAAUCGGCACACGACGGGAAUCGAUCAGCAGACCAUCUUCAUCACGGCCAGUUUCCAGCAGCCCACGCCGCUGCGACUGCCGGGGCUGUCGGACAUGGUGCUCGUCGUUAACACCUCGUCGCAGAGCGUCGCAGCGUCCGUCGCCGUGCCUGACAUCCCCAACGACAUAGUCUUCGUGCCUGAAGUGGGAAGCGUGUUUGCCCACGCGGACGUCAACGGCACCUUCGCCGUCAUCUCCGCAGCGCCGCCGUACACCUUGCAGCGCGCGCGCUUCUCCUCCGAGUUCGCGGAGGCGGGCUACGGCCGCCUGCUCGCCGACUCGGCGCUGAACGGCAAGGCGUUUCAGACGGCGUCGCAGAUGCCGGGCGUGUUUUCGCUGAACCUGUUCACGCAGUCGGCCGACGUGCCGUUCCUCGACUUCACCCAGACCAUGCUGCAGUCCGAGCCAUGGCUGCCGCCCGACACGCCCAUCUACUGCCCCGCGACGCGUGAGGCGGUGUAUUCGGCGGUGAAUCGGCGCGCGUACGUGUCGUGCGCGAAGGCGGGGAGUCCGCCCGACCCCAACGCGCCGGAUCCGGGCAUCGUCGAGAUCGCCGGCGACGACAGCGUGCCCGUCGGCUACCUCAACUUCAAGGCGGACAGGCUGUAUCUGACGCCGGACGAGACCUUCCUGCUAGCAGUGGACAGCGGCGCGGGCGUGAUCCGCAUGGUGCAGAUGCUGCCGGGCGUGGGCAGCGACCAGGUGUUCUCGCUACAGUGGCCUGACGUCACUCUGCCGCCCAAAUCCAUGCCCGACAAGAUCCUCUUCUACCCCAAGGGCAUGUUCUACGUGGCGCUGGUGUCGCUGGUGCUCAAGGACAGCACGGUGGUGAUCGAUUUCAACAAGCUGCUCGCGUGUGGCGCGCAGUGCCCUCAAGACAACAUUGCUGCCGCCCUCACCUUCAUCAACACCGGCUACCAUGUGGCGCCACGUGCCAACAUGGAUCUGAGCAUAUCGUCCCGCAGCAUGGCAGUGGGGCAUCAGUUUGUGUGUGUGGCGGCCAAUCACGACAAGGCGGUGCACUGUAGCAACCUCGUUAACCCGGCGAACAACAAGAUCUACACCAACAUGUUUGAUGUGCAAGACAUAGUGUUUGUGGAGGGCAAGUACCCGGGCGAUCAAUCCUUUAUCCGCCCCAUCGACACCACCUUUGAUUGCUCCUCUGCGCCCACCACGCUAGACAAACCGCCACCACCCCCCUCGCCCUUGGACCUUGCUGUUGCCGCGCACUUGAGAGUGUCUAGUUUUCGCACAUCCUUGCCCACCAGUCUGCUCGAGGGUUGUGACAAUUCGGAAAUCAGUUUCUGGCUGUGCCUGUUUCCCAUCCAGUACACGCAGGAUUGCUGCAUUGCGCCUCGCCUGCGCAUGUGCACCAUUGCGCCGUACAUCGCGCGACGUCUUUUUCUCAUCGCGCACGCCGCCUCUGCUCCUUCCCGGGAAUUCGCUGCGCCCGUGCACCCCAUGGCGCUUCGAACGUUGCGCCUGAUGCCCAUUUCUCCCAGUAUUCCCCCCCUUGCGCGCUCGACUCUUCCGCUCAUCGAUCGCAUCGCUAGUGUCCGCCAUUUCAGCCCCAGUGCCGUGCGCGCUGCGUGCCGUUCGGUCGAAGAAACAAGCCAGAGCGACGAUCGUGGAGGGGAAAGCGCGCGGGCUUCCGCACAUCUAAAUGGCGCGCAGACGUUUUCCGCGCGCAGCAUCCCUGCGCCUUCUCUUCGUGAAGAUACCCGCGGCUUGAUGGGGGAUUACCUUUCCCCCUCCCGCUCCGCCGAAAGCGCGCGGGAGCGAGGCGCCCCCGCGAACGGCGCCGCAACAGGCGGCGACACGAUCGCGGCUGUGGUCACUGCCGUGUCGUCCACGUCAGGCGGCGUCGCGAUUGUGCGGCUGUCCGGCCCCGCCGCCGUGAGCAUCGUGCGGCGCAUGUUCCGCCCCGCGCGGAAAGCGAACAGAGCGCGGAAGCAAGGGGGAAUGGCCAGGAAAAGCGGAGACCUUGGCGGAUGGGCGGGGAGCGCGGGGAACGGAGUGUGGGGAACAGAUGAUGAGGAUUUCCGAGGAGCGGUGAGCGAGGGGAGCGAGUUGCCUGGAAGCAGCAAGGAAGGGGAGGGGAGAGGCGGAGAGGCAGUGGGGGAAAGCGGGGAGAGGGGGGAGGGCGGAGCGGCGGGGGAGUGGCGCGCGGAGAGCCACCGAGUGAGCUAUGGGCACAUCGUGGACGAGCAGGGGGCCACCAUUGACGAGGUGCUCGUGCUGCCCAUGCUGGCCCCGCGCUCGUACACAGCUGAGGACGUGGUGGAGGUGCACUGCCACGGUGGCAGGGUGUGCGCCCACUCCUGCCUCGCCACCGCCGUCCACCUCGGCGCCAGGCUGGCAGGAGCAGUCAAUGCGCCACACAGUCAAUGCGCAGGCACAAUGCUGCACAUGAGCGAGUUCACCCUACGAGCCUUCCUCAACGGGCGGGUAGACCUGGCGCAGGCGGAAGCCGUGGCGGCCCUCAUUCGUGCCGACACCACCGCUGCUGCGCGCUCCGCCCUCGCUGCUGUCAAGGGCGGCUUAUCUCGUCACAUCCGGGGUGUGCGGGCGGCGUGCAUGGGCGUGCUGGUGGACAUCGAGGCGCGCAUUGACUUUGAGGAGGAUCUCCCACCGUUGGAUGCUGCGGACGUCAGCCGUUGGAUCGACGCCAUCUGGCAGCAGAUCAACGAGGCACUGGCCACCGCCAAUCGGGGCCGACUGCUGGAGUAUGGCAUUCAGGUAGCGAUCGUGGGCCGCCCAAACGUGGGCAAGUCAAGCCUGUUGAACGCGUGGACGCAGUCAGAGCGCGCCAUUGUGACAGACAUCCCUGGCACAACAAGGGACGUGGUGGAGGCGCACCUGCACCUGCCACUGUCGGCGGGGGGCUUCCCCGUGCGCCUGGCUGACACCGCUGGCAUCCGCCACACCACCGACGCUGUUGAGGCCAUUGGUGUGCAGCGGUCGGAGGCGGCAGCAGCGGCAGCGGAUGUGGUGCUGCUGGUGGUGAGUGCAGCGGAGGGGUGGACAGCAGAGGACUCCGCCAUCUUCCACCGCAUCUCCCCCGUACAGCACACCGUGUGGCGCCGCGUGGCCACCAGCGCCACCCGCCGCACCGGACUGGACCAGCUCGAAGCAGCCGUGGCAGCAGCUGUGGGAGGGGGGCUGGUAGCAGAGGAGGGGCAGCAGUGGGCCGUGAACCAGCGGCAGCAGCAGCAGCUGGUGCGAGCAGCGGAGGCGGUGGGGCGGGUGAGGGAGAGCAUUGGAGCUGGGUUGGCGCUGGACUUCUGGUCCAUUGAUCUGAGGAGCUGCAUCCUGGCGCUGGGGCAGGUGAGCGGCGAGGAGGAUGUCACGGAGGAGGUGCUUUCAAAUAUCUUCAGCAAGUUUUGUAUCGGCAAGUAG